CAUAGUGACUGGCAUUUGGUUGGUCGUAGGCUUCGGGCCAAAAUUUAUACCAUAGAAAGGAGUAUGUUCAAAAAGUUUUCUACACCAAAUUUUGUGGAGGGCAAGGAGAGGCGCUGGCGAUGGGGUGUUCAGGACUAUUCCUGUUUUAUUGGUCAAAGCCCUGACGAAGUUAACGCAAUCGCACUAUGCACGGGGGACAGAACCCAGGUUGAAUGCAACAGUUGCCUUAACCGUACCGCGACCGAGCUCAUGCAGCGCUGCCCCUGGUACAAGGAGGCGACCGCAUGGUCUCAGUUUUGCUUGGUGAGGUACGCCAACCGAGACAUCUUUGGACAACUAGAAAACGAGCCCCGUACUUGUGCCUUCAAUCCAAAGAAUGCAUCAAACCCUGAGCGGUUCAAUGAUGGAUUAAUUGAACUAUUGAAUAAUCUGAGCAACAUAGCUGCAGCUGGGGGUCCACUUCGCAAGUAUGCAGCUGGUAACUUGCAAACGAUAUAUGCAGCGGUGCAGUGUACUCCUGACAUGGACGAGCAAAAUUGCACUGCUUGUCUAAAUUACGGAAGAGAAGAGCUGUCAAAAUGUUGCAAAGGAAGGUUAGGAUGCAGGGUCUUAGACCAACUUGUAUCUUGAGGUAUGAGUCAGGCCCCUUUUAUCAGACUGCAGUUCCUCCACCGUCACCGCCACCAUCUCCAAGCGGGAGGGAGGGUCUAGCACGGGCCCCCGACCCACCUAAACUUUUAAAAUUUAAUAAUUUUUUUUUAUUUUUUUUAAAUUUUAUAAUUUUGUUCUCUCUUUUUUUAAAAAAAAAUUCUAUUCCGCCGCCUCUCCAACACCAUCUGGUCCAACACUCCAACUACUCCGACAUCAGUAGGAGGUUAGGCGGGAACCAACAGAAAGUUAAAGAUUGAAGAAGGGGCGCAUCAUUCUCCGAAAAAAAAAAAAGAAGAAGGGGCUCAUCGCACGCUGUCGUUUUCUUUACGUUUCAAAGUUUUGUGUCGAAACGUUAAGUUGUUAUGUUGUUUUACCGACUUAUGCUAGGUGUAGUAAAACGGUGGAUACAUUUGCCGUUUUCUUAUUUCUUGUUUAAAGUUGUAAGAUACCUUCUUGUGUCGUUUGGGUCUUGUUACUUUACUUUUUCUUAUACGCACAUUAGGGCUGUCGUUUUGGGGUCCUUCUGUUGGAGGCUUUAACAGUUAGUCUGUGUUUGUUAUCGUUGGCAUUGCAAAAAAACAAAAACAUUGUUUUCUGUGCUUAGCUGACUCACCUCGAUUUAAUCUACCAAGAUUGGAUCUAAUGAAUUCACAACAUUUUGGAGAGUAUAUAAAUGAAAAUGCAACCGUUAUUCUUGGGUUGCUUAUGAUUUUCGAAUA